AUGAACGUAACAUUAGUGCCUGACACCCUGAGCAAUGAGAGUUCAAAUGGCAGCGAAUUUUUUACAUUCGGAAAUUCGCAAUACUCACCCGUGGGGAAGACACUCUUAAUCAUUGUCGCGACCUGCCUCAGUCUUGUCACCGUCAUUGGCAACAUCAUGGUCAUGAUCUCGUUCAAGAUCGACAAGCAAUUGCAGACAAUCUCGAACUACUUCCUGUUCAGCCUGGCGGUGGCUGACUUCGCGAUAGGGCUCAUCUCCAUGCCACUCUUCACGGUUUACAAUGUCCUGGGGUAUUGGCCACUAGGGCCCCAUAUUUGCGACACCUGGCUCGCACUUGAUUACCUGGCGAGUAACGCCUCCGUGCUCAAUCUACUCAUCAUCAGCUUCGAUCGAUACUUCUCGGUUACGAGGCCCCUCACUUACAGAGCCAAGAGGACCACAUACAAGGCUGGAAUCAUGAUUGCUUGCGCCUGGGGGAUAUCUCUUUUACUCUGGCCACCAUGGAUUUACGCAUGGCCUUAUAUCGAGGGCGAAAGAACCGUGAACGAAAACGACUGUUAUAUUCAAUUUCUCGAGACAAAUCAUUAUAUUACAUUUGGCACUGCGAUCGCUGCUUUUUACAUACCAGUCAGCGUAAUGAUAUUCCUUUAUUGGCGUAUAUGGCGGGAGACGGAAAAGCGUCAAAAAGACUUACCAAAUCUGCAAGCUGGAAAACAAGACGCUAGCAAAAGGAGUAAUUCGAGUGAUGAGGCCUUGGAUCUGGAUGAAUGCAGGAGACCAAGAAGCGAGUCAAGUACGGGAGCAGAUGAACUAAAUACUCACUUCGCUGUUUCUUAUCUGGAUAGGCAUUAUCCUCAACAUAAACAAAAGCAUAGGCCACUGUCGUGGACGUGGUUAAAGAUGUGGUGCAUUGCAUGGUGGCACAGUGGAAGAGAAGAUGAAGAUGAUGAGGAUGACAUUGGAGGACCGGAAAGUAGUAAAGUCGGCUACGAGGAAACCCUUACACCUAUUUCCGCUGAGACGCCAUUAGGGACGACAGUUUCUCGCUGCCCGUCUCUCAGUGUCAUCCAAGCCAAUGCUGUUGAGCAUUCAGACUACAAAGCAGCCUCUCGAACCUCUGGCAACGAUUCAGUCUACACAAUACUGAUCCGACUGCCAACGAAAGAAGAAGGUGCGAAAUACGAGAACGAGGGUCCAAGUAUAAAAAUGUAUCACGACGAUAUGAUGACCUACAGUGUUCACAGCGCAAUAGAAAGUGGUCAGGAAAAGAGCCUGGGACCAUCACUUUCGAGUCCUUCGUCCAUCAUCAGGCGACCAUCCCACAUUCCCGACAUAAGGAUACCUCUGAACGCAAAGACUGUUCCCAAAGCCAUCACUUCCGGUGGCAAGGGUAUCCUCAGCAAGCCUCCAGUCAAGAAAAAGAAGAAAACUCAGGAGAAAAAGGCUGACAAAAAGGCAGCCAAGACCCUUUCUGCUAUUCUCCUCGCCUUCAUCAUGACCUGGACCCCCUACAACAUUCUAGUCCUUUUAAAACCCCUUGCAGCCUGCACGGACUGUAUUCCUAAAUUAAUUUGGGAUUUAUGCUAUUAUCUUUGUUACAUCAAUAGUACAGUGAACCCUGUGUGCUACGCUUUGUGCAACGCGAACUUUAGGAGAACCUACGUUAGGAUUCUCACGUGCAAGUGGCAUAGUAGAAACAGGACAGGAGUGAACAGAGGAUAUUAA